AUGGGAGGCAAAGCGAAGCCUAAGAAGCACACGGCGGCGGAACUAGCCGCGAAGGCGAAGGCUGCCACGACCUCCGUCGGCGGAGGCACUGCCGGGAUCGCCGAGCGGGACAAGAAGGCGAACCUGACCAUCGAGUGCUUGGAGGUGGGGUGCGGGGGCACCAAACUCGCCUCGCUGACCGUCGCCCAGCGGCACUGGUGCCAGAAGCACUGCACAUGCCGUCGAGCACCCAACCCGGAGACAGGCCGCUGCGAGUGCUUCCCGGCGGAGCGGUACGAGCCGCUGUUCAACAAGCCCAAGGAGGCGGUGAAGACGCACCACAACCAGGCCGCGACGCUGGCCAGCAACAAAAACGCUAGCAAGUCCGUCCGCGACAAGCUCAAGGCCCAGCAGGCCGCCGCCGCCGCCAUCAUUGCCGCCGAAGCGAACAAGGGGACAAAGCCAAAGCAGUUCACUGCCAAGGCCAGCGGACCGUCCACAAUAUGA